AUGAUAAACGUUGGAUAUUUGCUUCUCUUUCUAAUAGGCCUUGCUGCCUCGCAUCUGAACAAUCCACUUGUGUUUGCCAAACUGGGAGAAACCUUUAAUAUGUCUUGCUUUUAUGAAAGCCAAAUGGCAAUGCAUUUCUCAUGGUACAAGCAUGAACAUGGAAAGAAUCCCAGGCUCAUCUCCACCAUAUACAAAAACUUACAGCUCUCGGACUCUGCAACAUACUACUGUGGAAGCGCUUAUUCCAAUGUAAUGGAAUUUGUCGAAGGGACAGAGUUGAUAGUUCAAGGGGUGAAAAGCUACAAUGUUGUAAAUCAACCUGAUUUAAUUCCAUCUCAUCUUGGAGAUUCAGUGAGUCUUACCUGCACAGUUUUAAACCGAUACUGCGUAGGAAACAACAGUGUGUACUGGAUCAUACAGGAAUCAGAAGAAUCUCGGCCCGGAUUCAUCAGCGUACAUGGAACGAGUCUUGGUCGGUGCGAGUGGAGCUUUGAAGCUGGUUUUAACAUACAACGAUGUGUCUACAGCUUCUCUAAGAAAGACCUCGCAUUUUCUGAUUCUGAGACUUACAGCUGCGCUGUUGCUGCGUGUGGGGAGAUACUGUUUUGGAAUGGCACCAAACUCGACAUUAUAGGCGCUGAUUCAACAGAACAGAUAAUGACUUUUGUAAUUCUCUCCAUUGUUAGAACAUUGUUUCUUUUGAUUAUCAUCGCCACUAUUACUUUUUGGUACUGCAUGAAUUCAAAAAGAAUUUCAAAAGAUGGCUGUUCUCCAUCUGUCGUUGCUCUCUAA